UUGAAGUAUCUUUAAGCUGUAUAUGAUGUUAAAUCCCCUCUUCAAGGUUUUGGUUAGACUCUUAAAGAAGCCCCAACCACGUUAUGAGAUCAGUUUGAAUAUACAACCCAACACGGACGUCCGGUAAAGUGUGUGCUUUGAAAAGCAAGCAGUUAAGAAACGGAAAUUACCGAUCACUACUUCAUAUAUAGGCAAUAUCUAAUCAUUUUGAUAAAUUAUUUACUUUUUGUACCAGCUUACAUUAUUACAGUAUGAAGAUUUCUUUAAUGCUGUUUUUCGUUAGUGUGUUUUAUGUAUCAGCACAAAGAAUUACGACAAUACAAUUAGAUGGUGUCCAGUACUUCAUUUCACGCAUGAAUCCAUAUAGUCCUGAAUUAAAUUACUUCUUAGCAUAUCAAUAUUGUCGCUCACUUGGACUACAACUUGUUUCUUUUGAAACAAGAGAAAAAGCUGAUAUCAUGACACAGUAUCUUAAAAAUGCCGGUUACAUGAAAUACGAUUUCUGGACUUCUGGGAACAAUCUGGGAACUGAUAUGUUCCUUUGGAUGAGUACUGGAUUACCAUUUAAUACCACAUUUGAUUAUAUGUUAAAAUCAACUGGAAAUAAACACGUUGAUGUACCACCAGGCACUGAGCCGCAACGAGUUGCACGCGAAAGCUUGGAUAAUGGAAGCAAUGAAGGCUGUGUUACAAUGGCAUCUCCAAGUUUAACGUGGAAGGCUAUGGAUUGUAUGCUAGUUAAGGAUUUCAUUUGUGAACAGACGCGAUGCUAUUAUUACAAUUAUGGGAGUAUUCCUGUUUCGGCUACACAGGGAAAUCGCAGACUUUAUUUCAACAACUCAACAAUGACUACAAUUUCGACAAUGACAGCAACGAUGAGCACAACAAAAGCAACUGGCUCUAUACCAACCGAUUAUGAUAUCUUUAAACACAAUGAAACAAAGAAAACUCCUACAUUUGAACAAGAUUUUCCUGAAAAGUUAACUGAGGUUUCUACCUCUACAGAAAAGAUUUUUUCCCAAAUGCAUCUAGAUGAGGUUCAUAAUAAAAAUUUAAUUUUAAAAAUGUUGGUGACUGAAAAUUUAAAAAACAAUAGUCGUCCAAUUCAUCUUCCUCAUAUUACCAGUCUCUUCACCGAGAGUUCGGUAAGCAAUGACAACGUUUUUGCAGGUCUACAGACUCAUGAGAUUCGCUCAAUAGUACGAACAUCAAUACCAACUAAACAAAUGAUAACUAAAUCUCAGCCAGAACAAGAAACGGAGUCGACUAAUAAUACAUUUGAAGAUAAUUAUACAAUUGGACCGUAUGAUUCAAAUAAUCAAGACUAUCAGUCAGAUCAAUCAGAAUUAAUGUUAUUUCAAAAGAAUCAACAACAAUAUUCUCAGAAGAAUUUUGAUGAUGAUUCAAGCACAAUUUUACCAGAGGCUGAACCAUCUUAUAGGUAUAAUAUUAAGGUGCGCAACUAUGGAAAAGUAUUAGAUCCUUUAUUCAACUAAUUUGUUGUCAAUGUACUAGCUACAUAAUAUAUGUACAAUGACAAUACAUGAUAAUACUAUUUAAAAUUGUGAAUUACAAUAAAUAUG